GACAUAGUGUCACACUGACAAAUUAUCUUUGUUAGCUUGCAGAAGCUAGCUGCUGAAUGAAUUUCGAUAAUUGCAACUAUUCCACGUCGUUUGCAUAAAUUUGGAAAUCAUUUAAUUGUUUAUUGAAGACUACGUUAUUGAAUGGAUAGUUUUUUUCAGAGCAUAAUAAAGCAUUAUUUCUAAAGCUUCUCCCUAAAAAUGAUUGUAUGUGUUUGAGGUCUUUUUAUCUUUAGAAUGGGUGAUAUUUACAUCGCAGUAGUAUGUUCUUCCAACAUGAAUCGGAGCAUGGAAGCUCAUGCAUUUCUUGUUAAAAAAGGUUUCAAAGUUAAAUCUUUUGGAACUGGUGAAAAAGUAAAACUACCAGGCGCUUCCGCGGAUCGGCCCAACUGUUACGAAUUCGGUGUACCAUAUGAUGAUAUAUACAAUGACUUAUUAGAGAAAGACAAGGGAUACUAUACCCAAAAUGGUUUAUUACAUAUGUUGGAUCGGAACAGGAGGAUCAAACCAUGCCCAGAAAAAUUUCAAGUGUCUACAGAGCGAUUUGAUGUCAUUAUAACAUGUGAGGAGAGAGUAUAUGACCAAGUAAUAGAAUGGUUUGGUUCAAGAAGAUCAGUGUAUAACCAACCUGUCCAUGUUAUUAACAUAGACAUCCAAGAUAACCAUGAAGAGGCAACAAUCGGGGCAUUUUUAAUAAGUGAUAUGGUCACUAAAAUGGCUCAAAGUGAAGACUUGGACAAUGACAUUGAUGAAUUAUUGCAUGAUUUUGAAGCAAAGUGCCACAGGCCAAUUUUGAAUUGUAUCAUGUUUUACUAAUUUAUGAUUUGACAUAUAUGACUAUAAUUUCAAUAAAAUUAAAAUGAAUUGUUAUAGGCAA